GGCCUUCAGUGGAUGUGCUUCUCUCUGUCACUCACAGCUGAGGUCACAACAGAAAACAUGGCGACCUCCGCGAAAGCAGCCGUGGUACUGAAGGCUGUGAAGAAAAUAGCGAUUCAGUUUUCCCCGUUUCAGUCAAAUGUGCGAUCUACACGAGAGUUUCUGGCCAUGGUGGGCUCAGAGAAGGUCAGAUCUACAAACAUGAACUGUGAGGUGAUCUCCACAGUGAAAAAUGACAAGUCUGAACCAGUAGUUGAUAUUACGUAUGUGGAUGGAGAGAGACUGGUGAUGAAGGGAGCAAAGCUGACCAGCAGUGAGAUGUUGAGUGCGUUUCAGUCACGGUGCACAGCCAAGGAUCCACAGGCAAAAACUGCAGGGAAAAAAUAAGCACACUCUUAUUGAAUAGACCUUUACAGAAUUUUGUCUUUUUGUUUCUUUAUAUCAUUAGAUGUUUAUAAUAAAAGUAUUUAAUUUGAA